AGACCUCCUAGAACCGAAUAUCAACGAGAGGGAGGUCCUAGCACCUACAAGGUUUCGGCAACUAUAUAAAAGGGGACCUACCUCAUGAUUUUACAUCAAGACGACAAACGUGGUCAGCACAGAAAACAUGAAAUUCGCAGUAGCUUCGGUAAUUGCCCUCGUGGCAUUGGUGGGUGCAGCUCCAGUUGAUGAGCAACAGCCACCAGUUGCAAUUCUCAGAAGCAGUGCCGAUGGACCAAAUCCAGAUGGCUCAUAUUCAUGGAGCUAUGAAACAGAAAAUGGCAUUAAAGCCGAUGAACACGGUGAAUUGAAACAAAUUGGUGAUGAGGGUGGAAUUUCAGCACAAGGUAGCUAUAGUUACACAGCCGACGAUGGAACACCAAUUUCCGUCUCAUAUACUGCCGAUGAAAAUGGUUUUCAACCACAAGGUGCACAUUUGCCACAAGCACCUGAGGUACCACCUGCAAUUCUCAGGGCACUCGAGUGGAUUGCCGCUCAUCCCGAGGAAGAUCAAUUGACCAAGUAAUAAGAGAAAAAAAAAAAAAAAAAAAAAAAACAUCCCCAACUCAAAAAAAAAAAAAAAUUCUGUUUAACGAAAAACACCGAAAAAAAUACAAAUAUUAUAUGGUGAUAUUUAGCUUGCUAUUUUUUUUUUUUUUUAAUUUUAAGUGACUUCAGUGCUUCCCUGAUGUAAUUUA